UUUUGUCAACAAAAAGUUUACAUAUUCAUUUUGGCAAAAAGGCCCCGUCCCACUCCCGCGUAAAACAUAAAAGGCCCUGAUAGCGUCUUUACUAGUUCUUAACAACCACGCAGCUGAGCUUAACUGAUCGAUUGUGAAAUGGGUGGGUGCUGAACUUCAUUGUUUGAUCUUACCCAAUCGACGAGUUUCUUGUCCAAGACAGUAAAUUCAAUCUUAACCUCCAUAUCUCCUCGAGAAUCUCCUACAAUUGUUGAAAGCACGCCAAGUGUUCGACGAAGUGUCUAGCUGAACAUCGCUACAGAUUUUGUAAUGAUGAUGAGGUUCUACAAUGGCUUCCUCGACAUUCUGAAGAUCCAGAAGUUUCGGAGAGUCGUGUCGUAUACCGGCUUCUACUGCUUCACUGCGGUCUUGAGCUAUGCUUACACAAACAACACAACUCGAGCUGGGUUUUCCAGAGGUGACCAGUUCUAUGCGUCGUACCCAGCUGGAACUGAGCUCUUGACUGACCAAGCUAAGCUGUACAAAGCUGCACUUGGGAAUUGCUAUGAAAUUGAAGAAUGGGGUCCGAUUGAGUACUGCAUUAUGGCGAAACACUUUGAGCGGCAGGGGAAAGGGCCUUAUGCGUACCAUGCUCAAUACAUGGCACACCUUCUAUCUCUUGGACAACUUGACGGAAGCGGCUAGUUGGGUAUCCCAUUUCCAGAUGACGAAUAGAAGAUCUUUUACAUCUCUAUGAACUAUAGAGUUGGUGGUAACAUUCGAUAGUAAUUCUGAUGCCAAUCCAGGACCAUGUCGCAGAUUAUAAGUGAUGUACAAACUUCUUAUUAUCCAUUUUGUAUACCGUUUUUCUCAGUACAUGAAUUCUUGUUUUUCUUAAAUCAUGGAUUGACAUUAUCCAAAUUACCUAUGUGGAAUGGGUUGGUUGCUAAACAAUGUAUUUUAUCUUCCCUCGUCAUCUAUCGACA